AUGAUUGCACGUCUGAUUGGUUUUGCUGCACUAACGAUCAUCACCGUUCUCGGAAAUAUAAUUAUUGUUAUUGCUAUAUGCGUAGAACCAAGAUUGAAAAGCGUGAGCAAUUACUUAAUUAUUAAUUUAGCUGUUGCUGACUUUUUUGUCGGCACAACAGUUAUUCCAUUCAUAUCACUUUGGGAAAUCAAUGGUAAAUGGCUUUUUGGUGAACUAUUAUGUAAUAUAUGGUUGUGUUGUACUUUAUUAUUUUGUACUGUAUCUUUUUUAACAAUGUCUGCGAUAGCAUUAGAUCGUUAUUUAUAUCUAAUUGAAUCGAAAAUGAAUCGUAAGCGACGUACAGUACGACGAGCAUUUUCAUUAAUUAUAUUAACAUGGUUGAUUCCAGCAAUGGUUUGGAUACCAGGUGUUAUUGUACAUAGUUAUAUGCCUGGAUGCUCGCCACUUGUUUUACCUGAAAACGGCUGCUAUUUACAAGGACGUUCUAUUUAUGUUUUGAUAGCAACAAUUUUAUUGUUCUUCUUGCCAAUGAUCGGCAUGAUUGUAUUAUAUAUAAAAAUCUUCCGUGUAUUACAUGGCCAAAUGAGCAAAUUAUUAGUUUGGUUAACAGAAGUUAAACUUAACAAUGGACGUCGUACAUCACAAACAAUUGUGUUCGAUCCGUUGACAGGUACUGGAAAUGAAACAGGCGGCGGACGUGGACCUGCAUCGACAGCAAGUAGCACAUCAAAUUUUCAUCAGCAAACGGCACGUUGUACAACAAUCGGAAGUAUGAAUAAUAUAAAUUACAUCCAUCAUCAUCAUCAUCACCCACGUAUGACAACUAAUUAUGCCACAAUACGUACUAUUAAAAAUGCUGCAGCAAUGGAAACAAAUAAGUAUCGUUUAACACAACAGCAACAGCAGGAACAAGAAUUAUUACAAACAGCUGAUGAAUUAUCGACGAGUACAAAACAUAGAUUUCGUCGUGCUGUUCACGCUAUUGUAUGGCUUGGACGUACAAGAGACUCAGCUGGCAUCAAUAAGGGUUCAUUUAAAGAAUAUCGUGAAAAUUCUCAAGCACGUUCAAAUAAAAAACUUUUCUAUACAUCGGCAUGGUCGUCAGCGGGAACAAAUAAUAAUCCGUUUCGGCGUGCACGUAACGCAACAUAUAGACGUGCUAUAUCAACAAGUGGUUCACUAUUGCAGAGACAAAUAAGUGUUGCACGACGACAACAACAGCAAAAGAUGCGUUUAGCUAAACAGCGCCGUGUGGCACGUACACUUGGUGUACUUAUAUUUGUUUUUCUUGUUUCCUGGCUACCAUUUACAAUACUAUGGCCUGUGCAAAGAUCUUUCGGUCAUAAAUAUGUAUCAAAUAGUCUAUUAAGAAAAACCCUAUGGUUAACAUAUGCCAAUACAUUUAUUAAUCCAUUUCUUUAUUUUUUCUCGAAUAAUGAUUUUCGUUAUGCGUUACGAAGAAUAUUAAAAUGUUGUUUUCGACAAAAUGGUAGUAGUUCAAAUAUACAGAUAAAAUAA